AUGUCCAGGCUUGAUGUGACGGAGACUUUUCAUGGCAUCUCCCUGCCAGGGCACCUCCAUACUAAGGACUCUCUGAACUACGCUACUCAGUUCCCAUUUCAAGACUCCGACACGCUAAUUGUGUCCUAUCCGAAAUCAGGCACCACAUGGAUGCAGGAGAUGGUGACUCUAAUUCUCAGUCGGGGAGACCCCACUCCAUCCCAGACGGUGCCCAACUGGGCACGUGCCCCGUGGCUGGAGCAGUAUUACUGCCCACAGGUCCUGAGUGCUGCCCAGGGGCCCCGCGUUCUCACCACUCACCUGCCUUACCACACGCUAGCUCCUGCUCUUCGAGGAUCCAAAACAAGGGUCAUCUACAUUGCAAGGAACCCUAGAGAUGUUGCUGUGUCGUACUACCACUUCCAUCAUAUGGCCAAGUUCCUCCCGGAGCCGGGGUCGUUUGAGGAGUUUCUUAACAACUUCUUAGAGGGAAAAGUGCACUAUGGAUCCUGGUUUAAUCAUGUGAAAGGCUGGACUGAUCCAAAGAAAGACAUUGAGAACUUUUUCUUCAUCACAUAUGAAGAGAUGCUCAAGGACCUGAGAGGCUCAUUACAAAGAGUGAGCAGCUUCUUACAGUGCCCCCUGCAGGAAGAAGAGAUAAACCGCGCCCAGGAGCAGUGUAGCUUCAGCACCAUGAAGGACAAUGACAUGGUCAACUACAAGCUCGUCACGCAAGACAUCAUGGACCACAGCCGGGGGAAGUUCAUGAGGAAAGGGAAAUCGGGAGACUGGAGGAACACAUUCCAUGAGUAUCAGAGCCGUGACUUUGAUGCUGUAUAUGAGGCACAGAUGCAGGAGUCGCAUCUGAAGUUGAUGUGGACAAGCACAGACACGCAGAUGCAAGAGUCACAUCUGAAGUUGAUGUGGACGAGCACAGACACACAGAUGACAGCCACGAGUCCAGCUCUCACAAGCCCAUUGAGACCUCCUGCAUGUGAAAUGUUUGUGAAUUAA